UGUCUGUGCGUCUUUCUUGAUUCGAUUGUACCUACACCUAUUCUGCAGGACCUCUAAAAAUGUAAAAAAUAAAAUUUGAAAUUAAGAGGGAAAGAGAUACACAAUGAACCUCUAAAACAACGAGGAAUUAUUAUGGAUAAUAAAGACCGCGAGCUGGAUAUCUAUCGCGAUACACCCGUACGAUAUUUGGGUUACACAAAUGAAGUGGGGGAGGCAUUCCGAAACAUCGUUCCAAAAUCAAUCGUAUGGUGCAGUUACAUAGUUGCUUGUGGUUAUGUGCUCGCCGAUACUUUGUACAAAGGAUCUAAAGUCUAUCAGAACAAUUUGUCACCUGAAAGAAAUAAGAAAAUACUGCUCUCGGCAACUGACACCCUACUAUGGCAGGGUCUUGCAUCAGUCGUCAUUCCAGGAAUCACAAUUAACAGAAUAUGUGCAGGAGUUAUUUACUUGCAAAGAAUAAAUAUUAGAAGUAGUUUGAAAAGUCGAUGGAUUUCAACUGCUGUAGGUCUUGCAUCAAUUCCACUGAUAAUUCGUCCAAUAGAUUUGACAGUGGAAAAUGCAAUGGAUGCCACAUUUAGAAAGUGGACUGCGUAUCAUCCCCAGCAUGCAGAAGAUGAACCAAAAAGUAUCAAAUGAACGUAUUAUUAGAAUUAAAUAGCACAAAUUUUAUUGUAGAUAUUAUACAAACAAAACUUUCUGAUAAAGAACACGCAAUCAAGUGCACUAUAAGUAAAGCGUAGCGGACCUAUUAUUGUCUGUUGUCACAAUCGUAUUUUGUUGUGAUUGCUCAAUAAGAGAAUUAUGCG